AUGCUGCCAAAAGAACUUGAUACACAUAUCAUGGUUGAUUGCGAACUUGCCGGGCACCCUAACCUGAUCAAACCAGCGAUUACCCAGAUCGGUGCCAUUUUUUUCGACAUUGAGACAGGAGAGGAAAAAUCACGCUUUGAAGUAUACCCAAGUUUACAAUCCUGCCUUGACCAUGGGCUAGUCCAAGAUCAUGUUACGAUGCAGUGGGUUAACGUAAAUUGUCCCCAAGUACUCAAGAGGAGUGAAGAGAGCACUGUGACUCUCAAAGAGGCAUUACAAGCAUUUAUAGCCUGGAUUGAAAGCUGUAAACAUGCUACGUACGACACGAUAAUGAAAAGUGGUGGACGAUAUCAGUUUGGAAACACCCUAUUGUGGGCAAACGGAAGCAUGCAGGACAAUCGAUGGCUUCAUUUCGCAUAUGAAACUUGCAAGUUGAAGCAGCCCGUGAUAUUCUGGCAGUACAGGUGCGCAAUGACAGCGAACUAUACGGCCAGCAAGAUAACGAAACGAAACUUCCGCAAGGAAGCAGAUCUAGACCGUCAAGGGCAAAAACACGAUGCUGCACAAGACUGUCUGCAUCAAAUUGGAUGGUUAGUAAAGGGUCUAAACGCAUCAAUGAGAAAGCAAGUCAUUAGUAUCCCCUUUUUUGCCUCUUCUAUUCCCUCUGGCUCUUCUGUCCCCGAAAGACCAUCGAAAAAGCGAAGACUCGAUUGCGAUGAUGAAUGA